AUGGCGCCUUCUUUCGACCAUCUGCGCGAGGCAGAUCUCGACGAUGAGGAGUACGACGAGGAGGAGAUCGACAUCUCCGACCUGCGCGAGAAGUACGAGGUUCAGCUGGAGCAAGGAUACGAUACCUUCGUGGUCAUCGAUGGCCUCCCCGAAGUCAACGAGGAGCAGAAGCCCAAGCUGGUCAAGUUCUUGCUGAAGAAGUUGAACUCGGUUGGAAAGACAAGGGAGGAUCUGAUUUACAUGCCCAUGGGCGAGAAUGGGAAGUCGCUGAGAUUCGCCUUCGUCGAGUACUCGUCCCCCGCCGAGGCUGCCGCCGCUGUUCGCGGACUCGACCAGGUCCCUCUCGACAAGAAGCACACCCUCCGCGUCAACAAGCUCACCGAUGUCGACCGCUACGGCCGCGAAGGCAAGGUCCAGGAGGAGUACACGCCGCCCUACAUUGAGGAGUUCACCGAGAAGGAGCACCUGAGAUCAUUCAUGAAGGACCCCAGCGGCCGUGGCAGAGACCAGUUCGCCAUGUACCGUGGCGACACCGUCGGCGUUUUCUGGAACAACGAGAAGGACGUGCCCGAGAACAUUGUCGACCGCCAAAAUUGGACAGACAGCUUCAUCCGGUGGUCGCCGCAAGGAACCUACCUCACCUCGGUCCACGCCCAGGGUGUUCAGAUUUGGGGCGGUGCCUCGUGGUCACGGCAGAAGCGUUUCCCCCACCCCUUCGUCACCUUCUGCGACUGGUCUCCCUCCGAGAAGUACCUGGUGACAUGGUCUGCCCGCCCCAUCUCUAUCCCCGACGAAGGCCACCCAGCCUUGUCCGUCGACGACGAUGGCAAGAACUAUGUCAUCUGGAGCGUCGAGUCCGGCAAGCCCAUCCGUUCCUUCGCCAACCUCGACAUGGCUGGCAUGGACGAGGUCAAGCAGCGCAAGCUUCUGUGGCCCGCCUUCAAGUGGUCCGCCGACGACAACUACGUUGCUCGCCUCAACUAUCAGACCGGUAUCUCCGUCUAUGAGCUGCCCCGCAUGAACCUCCUCGACAAGACCUCCAUCAAGAUUGAGGGCAUCAUGGAAGACGGCAUCAAGACGUACGAGCAGCUCCUCACCUACUGGACUCCUGAAAUCGGCAGCAACCCCGCCAAGGUCGGUCUUAUGAGCAUCCCCAGCAAGGAGGUUGUCCGUCAACUGCCCCUGUUCAGCGUCUCCGACGCCAAGCUCCACUGGCAGUCCGAUGCCUCGUACCUCUGCGUCAAGGUCGACCGUCACUCCAAGUCCAAGAAGUCCCAGGCCACGACGCUCGAGAUCUUCCGCAUCAAGGAGAAGGGCGUCCCCGUCGAGGUCGUCGACACCAUCAAGGACACCGUCAUCAACUUCGCUUGGGAGCCCAAGGGCGACCGUUUCGUCAUCAUCACGACGACCGAGCCCGCCGGCGCCGUCGCCGUCGCACCCAAGACCUCCGUCUCCUUCUUCUGCCCCGAGAAGGCCAAGGGCAACACCAUCGGCAACUUCAAGCACCUCCGCACCCUGGAAAAGAAGAACAGUAACGCCAUCUACUGGUCCCCACGCGGCCGCUUCGUCGUCAUCGCCACCGUCCACAACCAGCAGAGCUCCGAUCUCGACUUCUUCGAUCUCGAUUUUGAGGGCGAGAAGCCCGAGUCCGACAAGGACCUGACGGCCAACCUCCAGCUCAUGAACACUGGCGACCACUACGGCGUCACCGACAUCGAGUGGGACCCCUCAGGACGCUUCGUCGCCACCUGGGCCUCUGCCUGGAAGCACUCUAUGGAGAACGGAUACCACAUCUACGACUUCAAGGGCGAGGCGCUGCGCGAGGAGCCCGUCGAAAAGUUUAAGCAGUGGGCCUGGCGCCCGCGCCCCCCUACGCUGCUUUCCAAGGAGGAGCAGAAGCAGAUCCGCAAGAACCUGCGCGAGUACAGCCGCGUCUUCGAGCAGGAGGACAUGGACCGCGGAGCGUCCGCCGACCGCGAGGUCGUCGAGGCCCGCCGCCGCCAGCUCGCCGAGUGGGUUGCGUGGCGCGAGGACAUCGAGGCCGAGGUCGCCGAGGAGCGCAAGGAGCUCGGCCUGCCCCAGGACAUUGUCGCCUACCUCCUCUCCAAGAAGACGACGACCAGCGACGGCGAGGAGCAGGUCAUUGAGGAGAUUGUCGAGGAGGUCCUCGAGGAGACGGAGGAGGUUGUCAACUAA